AUGACGUCUGUUGUCGCGAAACAACACUCUGACGCAAAAGGGCGGAAGCGCAAGGCGCAUAGAAAGUCCCGUCAGGGUUGUGGAAACUGCAAAAUUCGCAGAGUCAAGUGUGACGAAGGCCGACCGGGGUGUCAAAAAUGUGCAUCAUUCGGUGUCUCUUGCAGCUAUGAGCCCGGCGCUGCUGAUUUACAGCCUUCUCGGGCAUCCACUUUCCAAUCAGAUGGCUACGGAUUUUUGCAAUUUCAAAAUCUGUCAGCGCCAGUACCACGGAAGUCGCCAUGUUCUUUGAAUGAUACAAUCCUUAGCAUGAUCAACACGUCGCAAGCAGCGGCAUUUUCCCCUAGACCUAGAGACUAUGACAGCAUACAUUCCGCAGUACCCCAGCGUCCGUAUCAACUGCGCGAACAUGACCUGGAACUGCUCUCCAUAUUCCAGGCUAGAACAGCUUGUUCCAUUGGGACAGAUGCAACACUGCCCAUCUACCGUAGAGAGUUUAUUCGACUGGCAUGUCAGCACCCCUUCCUCCUCCACAUGGUAUUAACUAUGACCCUACUACACGACCGCUAUCUCUCCCACUUCCCCCCCAGGCCACGCUCCUCAUCACCAUCCCAACUACACCUCACAUCCUCACCCAAAGCCCUUUUUCACUGGUACCUCGGCACCAUCCUCUUUAACACCAAACUCGCAAACCCCAGCCAAAUCGACCCAAGAGAGCGCGACGCCAUCUGGGCAGCCUCCGUUCUCCUUGGUGCCAUUACGUUUUCAUUCGUGGAUGCCAGCCGGGCAGAGGACUCGUGGCCGCUGAAGCCUUCUUCGCAUCUGGAUCCGAACUGGUUAGCCAUCAGCGAUGGGAAGAGGGAGGUUUGGAAGCUAGCUGACCCGCUGAGGGCGGAUAGUGUGUUUCGGGAAGCGUUGAUAGGUCCUGUUCAUGGGGAGACGGAUCAUAGCGCCCCUUCUACUGUCAUUGAUGGUCCUGGACUUAAUGUUGAUGACGGGUGGAGGUUUUGCUUCGCCUGCAGCUCCAAUUACUACUCCGUGAUAAGCUCAGUAUCAGCAUCAGACACAAUCUACACCCGCACCCCACCCCACGAAUUCCUCCUCCUACACCACUUCAUCACCACCACAUUCCCAGACCCAGACCCCAAAGUCAACCCCUAUCACACAGCCCUCACAACCCUCCACAGCCUCUUCACCACCCCCUUUAAACCACAUACCCCCAUCGCCCCCUUCAUCGCCUUCAUCACGCAUAUAGACCCCGCCUACCGCAACCUACUGCACCACAAGGAUCCGCUAGCGUUACUAUUACUGGCCUACUGGUACGGGUAUGUUUACGAAAACGAGAGCGAGCACGCACCCUGGUGGUUCUGGAGCCGUGCGAUGGUGGAGGGUCGGGCUAUUUUCCCGUUAAGACAAUACUUGUGUGAAAAUAAAUCCGAAAUCACAUUUGCGAAGCAUUAUCAGGCCAAUUUCCUCGUCAGGAAGACCGGACAAGAAACUCUGCAAAAUGACAAAGCUCGACAAUAAUAAGAAUGGAAUGACAAAGAGUGAAUAUCCAACACCACCUUGGAAAAACGUUCAUCUUCCCUCUCCACCGUCUAAUUAACCCCAACCAAACAUCGCCAGCGGCCGCCCUACUCCGCAACGGCAACCGGUUCCACAUUCCAAAUAGUCUCCGCAUACUCCGCAAUAACCCUAUCAGACGAGAAAAACCCCAUCCUCGACACGCUCAAAAUGCACUUCUCAAGCCAUCCAUCCCGAUCCCGAUACGCCUCAUCCACCAUAUCCUGCGUCGUGAUAUAAGAAUGGAAAUCGUCUGAGACCAGAUAGUAAUCGCCAUGGUCGGUGAUUGCUGAAAUGAGGGCUGAAAAUGAGCUAGCAUCACCAAAAGUUCCCGAGCGGAUACUGUCGAAGACGGCGGCCAAAUCGCUAUCUAUGGUGAUGCUAUCCUUCUCAUAAAGAUGGUUGUGACGCAGAUCAUCAACAUCUUCAGCCAGGGUACCGAAAAGGAAGAUAUUCUGCUCGCCGAUCUCGCGGGUUAUUUCGAUCUAAGGGCGGUUUUAAAUUAGAGUUUAGCUCAUGAGAAAUCGUGGUUAAAGUAGACUCACAUUUGCGCCAUCACAUGUGCCAAUUAUCAGGCCUCCAUUAAGGACGAAUUUCAUGUUGCUUGUCCCACUGGCCUCUGUACCAGCAGUUGAAAUAUGCUCGCUGAUAUCCGAAGCAGGGCAAAUAAUUUCCGCCUUGCUAACGUUAUAGUCUUCCACAAAGAUGACCUUCAAAAGAUCUCCAACAUCCGGAUCGUUGUUGACAACUGACCCAACUUGGUUAAUAAGGUGGAUAAUUGUUUUCGCCAUCCAAUAUCCUGGUGCUGCCUUUCCUCCGAAAAUCGAGACACGAGGAACAAGCUUUGCCCGUUCUUUGGCACUCAUUGCUUUUAUUUUAAGAUACCUGUGUAUCACCCCAAAUAUGUUUAAUUGUUGCCGCUUGUAUUCAUGGAUCCGCUUGACUUGUAUAUCAAAAAGAGCUUUCGGGUUAACAAGAACCCCAGUGGUAUCCAAGAUAUGGUUCGCAAGCCGAACUUUGUUAGCAUGUUUGAUAUCCGCCCAUUCCUCCUUGAAAUCUUCGUCGUCAAUGUAUGCCUCAAGCUUGUCGAGUAAAGUAAGAUCCUUCAAAAAGUCGUGACCUCCUAGCCUCGAAGCAAUGAGAUUAGAGAGGCGAGGAUUAGCCUGAUGGAGCCAUCUUCUAGGGGUGAUGCCAUUUGUCACAUUGGUGAAUUUGUCCGGGCCAUAUAUCUCAACAAAAUCCUUGAAGAUCGUCGUCUUGAUAAGGUCAGAGUGUAGCUCUGCCACUCCAUUGACUUUGUGAGAGCCAAUAAUCGCCAAAUGGGCCAUACAAACCAUUUUUGGC